UUGGACGAUCAGUUGGACGAUCAGUUGGACGAUCAGUUGGUCGAUCAGUUGGUCGAUCAGUUGGUCGAUCAGUUGGUCGAUCAGUUGGUAAACCAGUUGGUCGAUCAGUUGGUCGAUCAGUUGGUCGAUCAGUUGGUCGAUCAGUUGGUCGAUCAGUUGGUCGAUCAGUUGGUCGAUCAGUUGGUCAAUCAGUUGGUCGAUCAGUUGGUCGACCAGUUGGACGAUCAGUUGGUCGAUCAGUUGGUCGACCAGUUGGACGAUCAGUUGGUCGAUCAGUUGGUCGACCAGUUGGACGAUCAGUUGGUCGACCAGUUGGACGAUCAGUUGGUCGAUCAGUUGGUCGAUCAGUUGGUCGAUCAGUUGGUCGAUCAGUUGGUCGAUCAGUUGGUCGAUCAGUUGGUCAAUCAGUUGGUCGAUCAGUUGGUCGAUCAGUUGGUCGAUCAGUUGGUCGAUCAGUUGGAAGAUUAG